AUGAGUCUAGUCACAACAAUCAUCACAAUUGCCGCCGCACUCUCCGCUGUCCUAGCCGUAGUGUCAUUUUGAUUACCACAAAUAACACCAGACCACGAAAAACUCUCCCCCUACGAAUGCGGAUUUGACCCCCUGGGAUCCGCCCGCCUACCAUUCUCACUCCGAUUCUUCCUCGUGGCCAUCCUCUUCCUUCUAUUCGACCUAGAAAUUGCCCUUCUACUACCCCUCCCAUGAGGAGACCAGCUACCCUCACCAUUGUCCACCUUCCUCUGAGCCUCCACCGUCUUAGUCCUAUUAACGCUCGGCCUAAUCUACGAGUGACUACAAGGAGGCCUAGAAUGAGCUGAAU